UCAAAGCCCAAAAAGCCUCACCCCUCACACCAAAAACACACCAACACAAACAAUAAAGCUUCCGGAAUCCCUUCUUUCUCCCUCGUAUCUCUCUCUCUCACUCACAAACAAUUUCUUCUUCUGCAAGCACAAUCAACGCUGGUUAUUUCGACGUCUCUUCCUCCACCUAUACAUACAUCCUCUCUGUAUCUAUACACACAUCACAAACGCCAAUUCACACAACCUCUUCGUCUUUUUUCCUAUCACACAACCGAAUUUCACAUCCUCAUUUGCAGUCAAUCGCUCAAUUUCACUGUCAGCGGAACCACCACCGGCGCCGUGUUAGGGUUUCUUCGAGUUUCUUUAACUCUGGCUGGUAUUGCAAAUUUACAUUCGACGGAGAAACCCUAGGGCUUCAAUUUGUGUGUAGUUAUGGUGUUUUGAUUUCUUCGGUUUGGUAUUUGAUCAUUGAUUUUGUUUGUGUGAUGAAUGUUUGUUGAACAUUUAAGAGUUCUUGUUUGGAACUGAAUUUGUAGUGUGUAUUAAGUUUGAGGUGGUUAAAACGCCCAAGUUUUAGAAGGCAUCGUUCAUAGUUGGGUUUAUAUGAUGUUUGGUACUAGUUAUGGAAAGAACUGAGCCAACGUUUGUUCCGGAAUGGUUGAAGAGCAGUGGAGGGUUGAAUACAACGUCUCACCAGUUAACGUCUUCGUUGAAAUCUGAUGAACAAGGCGCUUCGAAACCGUUGAGAAAUAAGUCGUUGGAUAAAGAUCUAGGGCGAGUUUCUGAUAAAACGACUUCUUCGUAUUUCCGCCGUACUUCUAUUAGUAAUGGUUCGGUUAAUUUAAGGUCUUACAGUAGUUUUAAUCGUAACCAUCGUGAUAGGGACUUGGAUAAGGACAUAUUUGAGUUUAGAAAUAAAGAAAAAUCAGAAAAUAGGCAUGGGAAUUAUUCUGAUUCUUUGGGUAACAUUUUGCCAAGUAGGUUUGAGAAAGACGGUUUAAGACGGUCGCGCUCAGGUGUAACCAUAAAACGGGGCGAGUCGUGGCCCAGAAAGGGAGCAAGUGAGUUGACCCUGGUCAACAAAAGUAGCCACGUCAAUGGUGGAUCUUUACUUUCUGGUAAUAUGAAGACAUCUUUUGAGAGGAAUUUUCCUUCUCUUGGAGCAGAUGAAAAACAAGUGGAUUCCGAUAUAGGACGGGUGUCACCUGGAUUAAGCUCAGCCAUUCAGAGCCUGCCAGUUGGUAAUUCAACUAUGAUUGGUGGUGAGGGAUGGACCUCGGCUCUGGCUGAGGUGCCUGUGAUUGUUAGUAAUAAUGGAAAUGGAUCUAGUGUACAACCUGCUCAACAAAAUUCAAUUUCCGCAACCACAAGCUUGACUGGUGGUCGGAAUAUGGCAGAAACGUUGACUCGUGGUCCUCCUCGGACUCAGACUGCUCCCCAGUUGGCUGUUGGAACUCAAAGGCUUGAAGAGCUUGCAGUUAAGCAAUCUAGACAGUUAAUUCCCAUGACUCCUCCCAUGCCUAAAGCACUGGGUUGUGAUAAACCAAAACUGAAGAUUGGACAAUCACAGCUUAUCACCAAUCCACGCACUCCUCGAUCCGCUAACGUGAAGCCUGAUUUCUCAAAGACAUCCAAUGUGGGAAAACUUCUCGUUCUCAAGUCUACGAGGGAAAGGAAUGGUAUCUUACCAACUGCAAAGGAGAGUUUGAGCCCUACAAGUGGUAGUAAUUUACAAAAUAGCCCUCCCUUGGAGGUUGCAUCUGUUCCGUUGAGCAAGCCUGGUGUAGUUGUGUUGGAUAAGAGACCCUCAUCACAAGCUCAAAGCCGGAGUAACUUUUUUAACCUUAUGAGGAAGAAAUCCAUGGCUAGUAGUAAUUCUUCUUCUGUUGCCCCUGAUACUCGUGAACCCAUGGUCCCUGAUACUGGUGGGUCGGGUCCAGCUGUGGUCCAGCAGUCCAGUGAUACUAAGGUUGAUGUGACAUGCAACAGGGAUGCUGUUCACGUUCAGUCAGGCCCUGAUGUCAUUCCUUACUCAGAAGAAGAAGAGGCUCGGUUGUUGCGGGCAAUGGGUUGGGAAGAAACUGCUGAGGAGGAAGUUCUCACUGAAGAGGAGAUUUCUUCUUUCUACCAACAUUUGCUGAAAGUUAAGCCGACCUCAAAGGGGGCGCAGCCGAAGCUGUUGAUGCCAACGUCGUUCAACUCUAAGCUGGACUCUUGAAGACAUUGUUUUCGGCUUUAGUUCUUUUUGUUUGUUUUCUUGUUUGGUCAAAGAUCUGGAUUUGAAAUCCUUGCAGUUGAGGAGGAAUAAGUACAUAACAUAUGGGUCCAGAAGGUUUUUAUGGUUUUGAGACGGGUUUAGGGUUUUAUUAGGGGAUUUUGUGCAAAGAAAUUUGGGGAUCUUGUUGGGAUUUUUUUUUUAUGAAAAGAGCAGGAAAAUUAGAUUUUUACAA